AUGCAAUCGAAUAAAGAAACAAAUCAAAUAGAAACCAUUAUCAUAGAUAAUGAUAAUAGUCUGCCGAUUGCACGACCAUCGCCGAAUGGUCUAGCAGGGCUACCUGCACCACUUGAUCUCAGUGAGUUCUCAGAAAUGUUUGAUGAAUGGUUACCUGAACCAAUACCAGGACAAAAACGAAAAAUAGGACAUCGAAGAGAUGAUCCACCAACACCUCCAUCACCGAGACUACCUCCGCCAAUUAUUCCUAGAAGAGCAUUACCACCAAGAAACAGUAAUGUUCCUAUAAAAGGAGGAUCGUUACGAUCAUCACCAAUAUUAAAUGAUGAUGAGAAAAUGCUGAUUUCUCAGCAGCAAAGAUCAUGCAAUGCUCUAUUGCCAAAAGAACAAGAAAAACAAGAUGAAAAAGAGAAAAAAGAACAACUAAAAAUUCAAUCAUCUAUAACGAUUGUAGCUAAAGAAUGUUCAAUGGUAAUAUCACCAUUGCAAAGCUCAACACCAGAAAAAAAUGAAAAAAUAAUGAAAUCACCAUCAGUGAUACCAAAAAAUGGUAUAAUAAGAACAGCAACAAUAAUAAUGAGUGAAUCAUUUGAUUUUGCAAUCAUACCAAUAGAAUGCAAAUAUCAUUUUAAAAGAACGAAACAAAAAUGUACGUAUGAAACAAUAAAAAUCCAUCAAGAAUUUCUAGAAAAUAAAUAUAAACAAUUAGAGAAUGAGAGAGAAGAAAAAUUGCAAGCAUCAUUCGAUCAAUAUAUACGAGCAAAAGUAGUUUCUUUGAUAAGAACUGCUAUCGAAAAGCAAAUCGAGAAUAAGAAAAAUAAUGAUCAAAGAAGAUUAGAUAAUCUUCUACUUGAUCAAAUGCGAGAAAGAGCUGCACGCGAAAUAAAACAUAUAGGAACAUCAAAAGAACAACAAUGCAUACAAAUUUUGCAUGAAAAAUUCAUGAGAACAUUAGAUCUAAAACUACAAUAUGAUAAACUUGAAAAACGAUUUCUAGAAAAUAUGCCACCACCAUCUCUCAAUGUUUUCGAUAAAAUAGAACUGCAUGCGAAAGGACUUAAACAAGAUAAUACAUAUUUUAGUUCACUUCGUGAGCAAUGGAAAAAUGUCCUUAGAAAAACAAAACUAGAUCUUACAAUAUUAAUGAGGCAAGCGAAACUAACUGAACUAGAACAAGAAAAAAAUGAAUAUAAAGAACUAUUAGAAAAAUAUUCACUUUCAAUUUCUCUACGAGAAUCAUAUGAAACACUAAAACAUGGCGUACACAAUGAACGAAAAUUAGUGUACGCCCUAUCCCAUCAUCAUCCCGGUUAUCCCAAAUCGAAACUACACCCACAUUUCAGUCGCAUAAAUUUUCCGCCUCAAGCUAAUAAUAAAGCCUUUCUAUUGCAAAAUGCAGAAGCUCGAGUGCUGAAUUUAGGACCAAAAUUUGUUCCGCCAGCACCUCAACAAGUUCUAGAACGUCUUCCGAAAGAAAUAGACGUUAUGAAAGAAAAAAUAGCAGCAGCGUGGAGAAGAGCAACUGGAACACUAGGGAGAGAACCACCAAUAGUUACAAAAUUCUGUGAGCGUAUUGAAGGAGAAAUACGAAAAACAGUUGAAACAGAAAAUAUAAAAGAUCAAAAUUUAAAACCUACGAUAUCUUUUUUUCAAAAAAUACAGAAACAGAAAAAAGUAAUCUUUCGACAAACAGACAAAUCUAAAGUUUUUCACGUAGAUACUCCUAACAAUUACAUACAGAAAUCGAUCGCAUAUAUGAGUAAAACAAACGCAUAUAAAGAAAUAUCUGAGUCUCCAAUAAAAGAGAUGAUAGAAAGAACUGAUAAAUUCUUACGAAACUUGGUUUCAGAUAAAAAAAUGCCGCAAUAUAUAAUGGAAAGAUUACGACCAUCUCAGUCUGAAUCAGAACUACCACACUUAUAUUAUAAUCCUAAAGAUCACAAAAUAGGAGAACCUUUAAGGCCAAUUGUAAGUGGAAUAAAAUCCCCGUUGGCAAAAUUGUCUAGUUUUUUGGACAAAAUCAUACGUCCUCUGUUCGAUAAACAUACUGACUAUGCACUUUCUAAUUCGAUAACAUUUUUGAAAUAUUUAAAAGAAUUUAAAACAACAACAGAAACGAAUCUAUACACGUUCGAUAUCACAGAUUUGUAUACCAUGAUUCCGCAAAAAGAAGCGGUAUUAGCUAUAUGUGAAUUUUUAGGAAGGCAUGGAUAUAAAAAAGUGCAAGGUCUAUCAAUAAAUACGAUAAAAAAUAUGUUCUUACAUGUAUUAGAAAAUUCCUUUUUUGUACUACAAUUACCAGGAAUGAAACCAAAAUUUUAUCAACAAAUUCGAGGAGGGGCGAUGGGUUCAGCCUGCACUCAAGUGCUUGCUGAUGUCUAUGUGAAAAAAUGGGAAAGUAAAUUUGUGGAGCAACAAAAACAACAAGAGCAACUAUAUUUCAGAUUUAGAGAUGAUGUUUUCUUCACCACUACACUACCACCUCAACAAAUAGAAAGAAAUCUAACAGAAUUGAAUGAGAAAGAUCAUAAUAUAAAGAUAACAUGGGAAA